GCAGCGCUUUUGUUAUUAGUAUUUCUUUCUGGUCUCACGAGAAAAGGAAAAUGGGAGAAAGCAGUAGCAGUGCCUGAAAGCAAAACCCUAACAAUCUGAAUUAAAAUUGCUCUACUUAUCCAUAAUAAUAAUAAUAAUAAUAAUGGCAUCUCUUCUUCACUUAUCAGCAGCGUCUCCGUUUGUCUCUCAGAAGGAGCAUCGCCUCUCUCCCCGACACGCGGCCGUCAGCUGUAAUGCAGUGGAGCCCCUCAAGUUUGGCAACGGCAUCCCUCUCCUUAGUAGUAGCAGUAGCUAUGGCGUAGCUGAACAUCAACAAUCUUCUUUCCCAUCCUUUUUAGCCUCAAACUCCCAUUUCGAUCAUGAUACCAGGCUUCGCAUUUUCUCUGGCACUGCCAAUCCUGCCCUCUCUCAGGAAAUUGCUUGCUACAUGGGUUUGGAGCUUGGCAAAAUUAAAAUAAAACGUUUUGCUGAUGGAGAGAUUUAUGUUCAAUUGCAAGAAAGUGUGAGAGGAUGUGAUGUCUUUCUCGUACAACCUACUUGCCCCCCUGCAAAUGAGAAUCUUAUGGAGCUUCUUAUCAUGAUCGACGCUUGUCGGAGGGCCUCUGCCAAAAACAUUACUGCCGUCAUUCCAUAUUUUGGCUAUGCCAGGGCUGAUAGGAAGACUCAAGGACGUGAAUCUAUUGCUGCCAAACUUGUCGCUAAUUUGAUAACCGAAGCUGGUGCAAACCGUGUGCUGGCUUGUGAUCUUCAUUCUGGGCAGUCAAUGGGGUAUUUUGACAUACCAGUGGAUCAUGUGUACGGUCAGCCUGUGAUACUUGAUUACCUUGCAAGCAAGACUAUUUGUUCUGAUGAGCUGGUGGUGGUCUCCCCUGAUGUUGGUGGUGUAGCUAGAGCACGUGCCUUUGCCAAAAAAUUAUCGGACGCACCUCUUGCCAUUGUGGAUAAAAGGCGUCAUGGACACAAUGUUGCUGAGGUUAUGAACUUGAUAGGGGAUGUUAAGGGAAAGGUUGCAGUCAUGGUGGAUGACAUGAUUGAUACAGCUGGGACUAUUAGCAAAGGUGCAGCUCUAUUGCAUCAAGAGGGUGCAAGGGAAGUCUAUGCAUGCAGUACGCAUGCUGUUUUCAGUCCUCCUGCUAUAGAGAGGUUAUCUAGUGGCCUUUUUCAAGAGGUGAUCAUAACCAAUACAAUACCAGUAUCGGAGCAGAAUUAUUUUCCCCAGCUCACAGUAUUGUCAGUUGCAAAUCUGCUGGGCGAGACUAUAUGGCGUGUUCAUGAUGACUGCUCUGUGAGUAGCAUCUUUCAAUAGGGUGCCAUGGAACCCUAUUCAAGCUUGGGCAUUGACUGAAGCAGUUGGUUUGACCUUUGAGCUUCAACUGCUGCCAUCAUUAGCUGGGUUGUAAUUAAGGAUUGUAGAAAUGAGACUUAUGUUUAGAGAAACCAUGUGGGAGCUUGAUUUGAAACAACAGCAUAGUCAUAGGCAUUCAUUCGUGGGUAGUAAUGUGUCGGUUGAAUAUGAUAUGCGAGUGAUCCAAUAGCUUAGCUAUGGUUGUAUUUGAUUGGUUCACAGUUACAACAAGUGUGCAAUUUUAUGGGCUAUGAAUCUGUGAAGUGAAAAUUGCUUCUUAUA